UUCACACAUGUCAUCCUUUUUUCAUAAAUAGUGUGGUACCGUUUCCCACUCUUCAUAUCUAGUCUAUUUUUUCAAUAAAUACUAUAUCUCUUCUCAUUUCUCACAAUAUCUAAAUUUUCCAACCAACUCUCUUUAAACAACAAAAAUGGCUAGAAGAGUAAGUUUCAGCCCGGGCAUCGAUGGUAUGCCAUCACCUUUAUACUUCACAAAACACAAUCAUGAUAUCGAUAAACCCAACAUGAUAUCAGAGCCGAUGAUUAAAAUAUGGGCUUUUCGGCCACGAAAGAACUCAGGUUUUUCCGCCAUGAGAUUUCUAGGUAGAAUCAAAGCUAAAGUUGCACGAGCAUUCGGUUUGGUGUCAUCUUCUUCACGUAAAAUAUCAUCAUCAUCAUCGGAUGAUUCUUCAUCAUGCAAGAAUAUUUAUUGUAGUAGUUUAGAAAGAUCAAGAUCGUAUGUUGAAGCUUUGGAUUCACAUAGAGCUCAAGCCAUUGAAGAUUGUAUUCAAUUCUUGCAUUCUUCUUCUUCUUCUAAUUCUUCUUCCUCUUUUCAGAGGUCUAAAUCAGUAUCUGCCUUUUCUUAUUAAUAUUUGUUUAAAGAAUUAAAAAUAUUUAUUUCAUGUGGUUUAUUAGUCUAGAUAAACUGUAAAUCAAUUAGAAAAUGGUAGAAAAGAAAUUUUGUAGUACUAGUUUGAACUUUUCAAUGUUCUUGAUUUUUAUUCACCGUAAAUUUAAUCAUAUAU